GUGCCAACCACCAAAUUUUUGUAACUACCGAUGAACUGGUAGACACAAUCUAAAAAGAAGUUUAUUUCAUUAUUUUUAUAAAGGAUUUAAUAAAGUCUGAAUAACUACAGAAAAGGCGUAGAGAUUAUGAAUGUAGUGAACGAACCGCCAAGAAAACGACGUUUAGUGCAUGAUGAGCAAACCAGGCUUCUUAAUUUUGAGGAAUCUAGCGAUUUAGAGUUAUUUCAAAAAGAAGCAAUAUGGAGACGAGCUCGCGAAUAUGACAUUCUCCUUUUAGAAGACGAAAAGGCACAACAAAUGUGGAACCAUUUGUUAGAGAAAUUCAAUCUAUAUGUAUCAGAAGCUUACAAUCAUCAUCAAGAACUUAUGAGUCAUCUGCAAAAGGUAGCGUCUCCAUUGCUUGAAAAAGAAAAUACAAACAUAGUACCACGAGAACUUUCUUUAGAUAAAGCUCUGUUUCUUGAAAAAAAUGAUUUAGUGUUUGAGGAUGUGUGGACGUACUUCUCAGAUUACGAUAAGAAUUUGAAAGUUAUUAUUUCAAAUGGCAUUCUAUCGAAAUUAGAUGAAGCAAAUGUUUCAGAAUGGAAUGAUUGGAUUGAGGAAAAGGAAAAGCAAUUUUUAAUGACUUUUGAAUAUUAUUUUGAGCGACUGAAACUGGCUUUUUUGAAGAAAGAGCUUACCUUUACGUCUGACGCUCAGCAGUCUGCGGAGCUUGAAUGGAAACAACUACAGCAGCAAAAGAUUACGCAAGAAUUGGAACAAAGUAUAGAGCGAAAAAAAGAACAUACGCUUCAAUUAGCAAAUGCAAAUGGUAAAUCAGAAUCGCUCAAAAGUGAUGUUUCUCUGGAUGAUGACAAUGUGGUUAAGCUAAAAAACAAUUUUGAGUCACAGUCUGACUUGAUGAAAACAAAUGUUAGUCAAAAGUUAAAUCAGCUUUUAGAAAAACAAAAUGAAGCGGCGCAUUUGUAUAUGGACUUACUCAGUGUGACUGAUAAAGCCUUAGAAAAGACACCUGAAUAUCAAGCUUUACAAGAGAGACUACUUGAAAAUGAAAAGAAUGUGGAGAGUAUAAACAGCAAGCUUGUUUCUGUCUUUAGUGAAUUACAAACAUUGAUAUCCCAACGGACGAAAAUACAAUUAGAGGAUGCUAAUCAAAAAAUGCACGAAAUAAAACAAAAGCAAGAACGAAUUGAAGAACUUGAAAAAUCUUUGACUACAAUACGAACAGAACGUGACGGACUUGUCGUACAACAACAGAUGCAAAAUACCAAUGAUGUAUACUUUCAAGAGAUUUUACAAAUAUGGACACUUCUUGGCGAUUCAAAGAAGUCGGUUUUGGAAGCUCAUAAGACUAAACUUGCAUUUUUAGAAUGGGUAGAAGGUUCUGACUUACAGACUGAUCAGAGUGAUGACGAACUGGAAAAGAUUUCCAAGAACAAUGCUUGCUUAGAAGCAGAACUUCCCGGAAUGCAUCUAGCUUUCAAUAAGGCUUAUUCGAAGCUUCAAAAUAGUUUAGGUUUGCUUCAAAAUAAUGAAGAGAACUUAAGAAAAGCCCAUUACGAUAAAUCCAGAGCUACACAGAAAUACUUUUCUGCGAUGAAGUCCCGCGAUCUGCUGAUUACAGAAAGUAAAACUCUGAAGCUAGUGGACAGCAAAGGUCAAGAUUUCAUCAGCAAACUCGUUGAGCGUGAGCAUGUACUGGCCAGAUAUAACUCAUCCCUUAAAGAAAUGGAAGAUGUAUAUAAGCAGAUUAAAGAAAUUUUUGGAAGGCAUUCUGCUGAAGUUCUUGAAGAGGAUAAACGGUUGCAGACAAAAAACACUGAUCUUGAACAGUCAUUAAAAAACUCACAAGCAUUAAUUGAUCGUAUAAAUGAAGAGACUCAUGCUGCAUAUCAGAAGCAUCAUUCUUUACAAAUAAAGGAAGCUCAACUUCGUUUACAGAAUGAUUAUAAUCAGAAGGAGUCAGCCCUUAUAGAAAAAGCUUAUGAAACCGAGGAAGCUCAGGUCUAUAAAGGGAUGCUAAAGUGCCAAGUUUGUGAGUAUUCAAACUGGAAAAGCAGGCUUUUACCUUUUUGUGGUCAUGCAUUCUGCUCAUCAUGUUUAGAAUCCAGACUAAAGCAAAAGGAUCGCACCUGUCCUAUCUGUGAAGCAACAUACAACUCAGCGGACAUCGUGACCAUUCAUCUUUAAUGUCCUUACUCUUUUGUAUCCUAAUGUAUCUAUUUAUGGUUUUUUUGGACUUUUUAAUAACACCUUCUUUUUUGUUUUUAGUACAUUUAUUUGGUAGCC